AGGGGACAAAUCUGCGGGCCCGGGAAUAGGCGCAUGCGCGCUGGGUAAUCUGCCCACAAGGAAGCGCGGGUAGCUGGGCGGAAGGUAGUCAGGAUUGCACGCGGCAAACGUGGGGCACGUGGGGCACGUGGGGCAAUGGAAGGGACGAUGCAUAUUGCCGCCGAGGUCUGCAGUGAGACUGGAGUAGAAUCUAGCCCUCGGGGUCCUGGAUGCAGCCUCAGGCACUUUGCUUGUGAACAGAACCUACUGUCCCGGCCAGAUGGCUCUGCUGCUUUCCUGCAAGGUGAUACCUCGGUCCUUGCCGGUGUGUACGGGCCUGCAGAGGUGAAGGUCAGCAAAGAGAUCUUCAACAAGGCCACCCUCGAAGUGAUCCUGAGGCCGAAGAUUGGGCUGCCUGGCGUGGCUGAGAAGAGUCGGGAACGACUAAUCAGGAACACGUGCGAAGCCGUGGUACUAGGAGCCCUGCACCCCCGCACCUCUAUCACAGUGGUGCUGCAGGUCGUCAGUGAUGCUGGCUCUCUCCUGGCCUGUUGCCUGAAUGCUGCCUGCAUGGCAUUGGUGGAUGCAGGUAUACCCAUGCGGGCUCUCUUCUGUGGCAUCACCUGUGCCCUGGACUCUGAUGGGACCCUGGUGCUAGACCCCACAGCCAAGCAAGAAAAGGAGGCCCGGGCAGUCCUGACCUUUGCUCUUGACAGUGUGGACCGGAAGCUGCUGAUGUCUAACACCAAGGGGAUCUAUUCUGAUGCUGAGCUCCAGCAGUGCCUGGCUGCAGCCCAGACUGCCUCACAACAUGUCUUCCGCUUCUACCGGGAGUCACUGCAGCGGCGCUAUUCCAAGAGCUGAAGCAGGCUGGGGCAGGGCGCCCGUCCCACCUCCACCCACCCACUGCCCCGACCUGAAGCAAGCCAGCGGCUCUCUGUCCCCAUGUGCCCAUGUCAGCUUCCAGUCCUGUAGC